AUGUUCGACAUGUUCGACCUCGCCGCCCCGCCUCGUGGCGACGCCGGCCUUGUCGGUCUGCUGAACCAGGGCACGACGUGCUACCUCAACUCGCUUGUCCAGGCCAUUUUCCACACACCAGAGUUCCGUUCUGCGGUCUACUCACUCGGGUUUGAUGAGUUAGGCGCCGACGCCGACGUGCUGGCCGGGUUUGAGGCCGAGGCUUCGGGUGCGGUGCCUGACGUUGCCGGCUCUGCCGAAGAAAGCGCCGAGGACAAGCUCGCGAAGCACGCCGCCAACAUCGAGACACUCAUUGGCUUUGGGUUUGAGCGCGCUGUUGUCGAGUACGGUGUCCUGCAUGCGCCAAACGCAGGAUCAGUCGAGCAGCUCCUUGACUACAUCUCAUCGGAAGAGGUGCAAGCGGCGGCAAUGGCGGCAGCUGCGGCUUCUGCGGAAAACGAUGAUGGCGACAACGGGAGCAAGAAGAAGAAGAAGGUGCGGAAGAUCCCGCUGCAGCUGCAGCGGCUCUUUGCACACCUACAGCUAUCAGACGAGCAGGCCGUCUCGACCUCGCUUCUGACCGAGUCGUUUGGCUGGGGUGGGUCGUCGGUUGUCAUCCAGCAUGACGUCCAGGAGCUCAAUCGGGUUCUCUUCUCCGCCAUCCAGUCUCACCUGCGCAAGACCUCGCAAGAAGACCUCAUCCCCUCGCUCUAUCAGGGGCGAACCGUUGAUGUUCUCCAGUGCAUGGAGUGCGGAACCGCGCGCGAACGCGAGGAGGUUUUUCUCGACGUCUCUGUCAUUGUCCAGCACUGUGCCACCCUAGAGGAUUCUCUCACCUGCUUUGCUGGUUUUGAGGAGAUGGAUGUCCCGCUCUCGUGCGAGACGUGCGGAAAGCGAACGCCGACCAUGCACUCGACUGCCUUUCGUGCUAUCCCGCCCAUUCUCACCAUUUCGCUCAAUCGCUUCACCUGGAAGGGUGGUAAGCGGGUCAAGCUCAACUCACGAUCUGCCUUUCCUCUUGUCCUCGACAUGGCGCCAUACAUGGACAACGAUGCUGCUCGCUCUUCGUUGCGCAAGCGCCACGAGAAGUUGGAGGCCCGUCGUGCGGAGAUGCGGGCCAAGGAGGAGGCUCGUGCUGCUAAGGAUGCUGCAGCUAAGAGCGGCAAGAGCAAGGGCAAGGGCAAGGGCAAGGGCAAGGGCAAGGGCAAGGACAAGGGCAAGGGCCAAGGUCAAGGCAACGGCAAAGACAAGGGUCAAGAUCAGGGCAAAGACAAGAGCAAGGAACAGACACUGAGCCCGGCUCCCGUCCAGGCUCCUAGCCAGGCUCCUUGCCAGGCUCCUAGCCAGGCUCCUAGCCAGGCUCCCAGCCAGGCUUUGCAGACCUCGGACCACAAUCCGGACAGCGAUGGUUCUCCCAUUGUUGAUGUUGUUGAGCCUACACCGGGCUCCUGCGCUCCUCGUCCGGUAUCGGCCUCUACUCUUAAGGGAAAAGAGCCAGAGAACGCUUCCGCUUCCAAGCCCGACUCAGCCCCUCCCGCUCCCAAGCGCGUUAAGGACCACCCGCUGCCGAAGCUCUACUCUUCGUCCAAGAUCAACAUGGAGUCCGAGCAUCUCUACGACCUCUUUGCUGUUGUCAUCCACAUCGGCGGCGCGUAUGGCGGUCACUACCACGCCUACAUCCGCGACUUUCUCGACGACGGUGACUAUCCGUUCACCAAGGCAGAGAAUUUGUCCCCCUCAAUGAUUGCCGAGCUCGAGGCCUGCGGACAGUGGUACGACUUUAACGAUGCCGACGUCUCCGCCAUUCAUCCGCGCGAGAUUGGGACCCAGUAUGGUGGUCAGAAGCGGAAGGAGUCGGCGUAUAUGCUUCUCUACCGCUCGCGCAGCCAGGUCAUCGACACCGCUGCACUCACGCUUCAGCCUCAUGGGCACUGGCGCGAGCUCAUUGCUGCCAACAACGCCGCCCGCGUCAUUGCCCGCAAGGCCUACGAGCACGCUCAAAACCAGAUCGACAUUACUGUCUACACCCCGCAUUUGUUGUCCAUUGCCGAUGACGGCUCUAUCUGCAACGCCAGCCUCCAGGCAAGCCUCGCCGCCCGUCGUGACCUGGCUGCCCAGCUCACCGCGCUCGAAAAGGCCGAGAGCGAAGCUACGUUCUUUGCCGGCUUUGACAUGUUUGAUGGCGAGUCGGACGAAGGCAGCGACGGCGAUGACGCCGGCUCGCUUGUUGAGGACACUGCCAUGACUGUCAAGGAUUCGAUUCGGGUCCAGCUGGCCGAGCUUGAUGCUGUCAUCAACAAGGCAAACGAGGGCAAGAUCAAGCUCACCUUUGAUCGCACCUUGUCGCUCGCGAGUUUCAAAGAUGCGCUUGCUGAGGCGCUUGGUCUCUCGCGCGCCGAGCUGGACUCUACCCAUCCGCGUCUUGACAUUGUCCAGGUUGUGGAUGCCAUGUUCAAGCUGGUCAAGGUUGUUGAGGCUGAUGAGGGUGAGUUGUCACCGUCACUCUGUGAUGUCGGCAUUGAUGGCCCAGUCGAGCUCUUGGCGUGGACAGGGACCGAAGUCAACGGUGUGGCAUACUCGGGCUCGUUGCCAGAUGUCAAGCGGGUGCGCGAUCUGACCUUUGACGUCACCUACUUUGUGGCUGGUGAGCCGAUGACCAAGUCAACCUUUUCGGUGACUAUCAGCUCGGAUCAGACCGUCAGCGCGCUCAAGGCGCUUGUUGCUGGUUCGACCACGCUUGCAGCCAACGACCUCUUGCUCUGCAAGUACGACGCCGUCGGCAUCCGUCCACUCACCAACCCGGGCCGGCUUGUCGACGACGAGCUCAGUGGCGUGAAGAAGCUGGCCGCCGAAGCCUUGGUUGGUCCGGUCUACCGGCCUGACUCACUGGCCAUCGAAGAAUACGAGCUGCUCUCUUCGCAGCUUACUCUGGCCAUCUGGGACGGGGUCUCCGGACCGUCGGCGGCCUCGGCCGAGCCUGAUGAGCGCAUCACGUGGCCCAUCACGCUCUCCCACCACCUCACGGUUGGUAGUCUCCUCGACCGUCUUGCUGCCGAGCUCGUCGAGCGCGGGACGACCGCGGCCGAAGGCGGAUGUGGUGUCGACCUCUCGUCGCUCACGGGAGCAAAGCUCCAGAUUCGCAAGGUGGUGAGCGGAGCGUUCCCCGGCCCGGUUGUUCGCAAAACUAAGGCAACACUGCUGGACGUCGGAAUCGAGUCUGGCCAAACGCUGCUUGUUGAGCCCGCGACUGAAGACCGCGAUGACAUUGCGUUGCAGUUUGUCGUCCGCAAAGCCCGCAGUCGAGAGGCCAUCUCAUCCUCUGAGACUGUCUACACCGUCGUUGUGCCAGCAACAGCCAAGAUCUCUGCAGUCAAGUCGCGAAUGGCGGCGCUGGCAGGCGUCUCGCCGAAGGGCUACCGGUUGCAUAAGACGAACGUCAGGCGCGAGGUGACUCGCAGCGGACAGCUGAACCAGAAUCUGGGACUCGUCGACGCGCUCUCGCUGGAGCCAAACGACUUGGUCGUUCUGGAGAAGGGCAAGGAGGCGAAGAAGGAGACUCAGAUCUCGAUCUCACUCGUCAACUUUACCGGCCUCCCGUCUGGAGCGCCGCCAGUUGUCGUUGCCGGCGAUGCAUCCAAGAGCGACGGUGACGACGACAACGACGCUUCCUCCGCGACGCCGGAAGAGCCACCGACGUGCGAGCUCGGGCUCUUUUCGCCAGCAUACUACCUGCAGAGAAAUAGGUUCGACACCCGUGGCCACUCGCUGUUUGAAGAGAUGGGCGAGGUGGUGCUCUCGUCGCGGUCGACACUGCUCCAGCUCAAGGCUGCAGCGGUGCCGGACGUGGAUCCGAACCAACAGGUCUCCAAGCUAAGCAACAGCUGCCUCUCAGUUCAUGUUGUCGACGCACCGUUGGUGGUCACCAAGGCGUCAACGCUGAUCUACAUCUACAAGGUGGCGGAUGUUGCGGCGCCGUUUGAAGCCGUCGGUCCGGUGGUGGUGGCCAAGGAUUCGUCGUCCAAGACUGUGACCGCAGCUGCGCUUGCGGCAGCCAUCGAGACUGCCUACCCAAGUAUCACUGCCAGUGCGGCGUCGGCCCGGCUGGUCAAGUACCACCACCGGAGCAACAGCUGGACGCCGCUCCCUCCAACGGUCCACCACGCCGCAGCGCAUCAGACGGUUGUCGCCGCUGCUCGGGCCGAGGACGCCGGCGAGGAGGCUCCAGCCUCGGUCAUUGACGCCGACGAGCGUGGGCUCGCUGACUGCAUCCUUCGAGCGCCGUACGUAGUUCGGCACGGCGACGUGGUGGUGGUGGUGCCCGGGUGCGAUGAUGAUGUCGAGGCGUUUGUGGCUUCUCGCACAGGCGACCUCUCUGCGCAUCGGCAGCCCAAGCCCAAGCCGCGUAGUCGCGGCGGCGACAAUGGGCCGGUCUCGUCAACCCGCAAGGCUUCAGCCCGUAUGCGGUAUGUGGAGCACGCGCUCACCAUCGCCGAGUUUGACGUCGACUCGUCGUCGUCCUCGGGCGACGAGUAA